UGAAGAUAAUGUGACUUCUGUGAAUAUUCAUGAACAAGAAGAUGGAAGUGCUGUGGGGAUUUCUGGGAUCCUUUAAGAAGGUCCGGAGUCGAUAUCCUCGAUGAUCAAUCCUAUUCGAGAAGAUGCUGAUUUUGAAUCGAUGGGUAGAAAUGAAGAGAUUGUGACUUCUGUGAUUAAUCAUGAACAAGAAGAUGGAGGUGCUGUGGGGAUUUCUGGGAUCCUUGAAGAAGGUCCGGAGUCGAUAUCCUCUAUGAUCAAUCCUAUUCGAGAAGAUGCUAAUUUUGAAUCGAUGGGUAGAAAUGAAGAGAUUGUGACUUCUGUGAUUAAUCAUGAACAAGAAGAUGAAGGUGCUGUGGGGAUUUCUGGGAUCCUUGAAGAAGGUCUAUCCUCGAUGAUCAAUCCUAUUCGAGAAGAUGCUGAUUUUGGUUAA